CAAAAGCUAGAGGGCCAAGCUAGAGGCUCUGAACCGGCCAAGCCGUGGCCACGCUGCCACAGGAAUCGCCCACGGACUCCACCGAACACCAACCAAAGCUCAAAGUCCAAAAAAGCCAGCGCUACGGCCGUGCAAAAAAAUACCACUGAGAGAGCACAGCUGCCAAAACAAACAAAGCGCGUCAUCCGCUGUAUUGGCAUACGCCGGCGUGUACUGCGCCUCUGCGGCCUACCGACGCUGUACCAGCAACGCCGCACGAACGCCGGUCUACGCGGCAGCACACCGCAAUCGUGGGCGGCACAAGCUCUCCCAAACAAAAAAAAAAGAAUGUACCCCGACGAACAAGCCGCAACCCUAGCCGCCGGCAAAGCCAUAACAAAAACCCACACGACCGGGAACUGGACGAUAAAAACAAAACGCGCCCCCAUCCUGAGCGUCGCGAAGCGGAGCCUCGCCGCCGACAGCCAGGUGGCCUGGAAGCGCGAGCUCGGCCUCGGCCGCGCGACAAACCAGGAGCUGCCGGAGGCGCUCUACGGGCGGAACCUGCUCGCGCUGCGCCACGACGCGUCGGGCGUGCGCCUCGCGUUCGACACGCGCGAGGCGCUCCGGAGCUGGGCGCUCCUCGACGCGGAGCCGAUCCCGCACCGGUCCUUGGCGGCGUCCUUCCGCUCGACGGCGUAAAACGCGGUCGCGCAGGUCCGCGGCGCCGAGCACCUGGGACUGGACGUUCACGACGCCGUUCGCGUCCGCGUAGCAAUCAGACUUUGCAUAGAUGGCGCGGCGAUGGCGUGCCGGUAGACGGUAACGUACAAACGCACAGGUACCGCGGCGCCACGGCCGUCGCCGCCAUCGACGCGCCGCACAGCCGCCCCGGCGACUCGAUCUUCCGCGUGCCCAAGGGCUGGCUGCCCGACUGCGGCUUCGGCGACGACGCGCCGCGAGUCCGGCGGCCGACGUGCCGCUGCGUCUACGGGAGGCCGCCGCUCCUCGCGUCCGCCGCGGAUCAGGACGACGACGAGACCGACGACGGCCUUUGCGCGCCGCCGCCGCCGCAAUGGAAACCAACAAAAGAGACCCUCGACCUCGAGGCCCUCAUCGCCGCCGACGGCCGCGCGCCGCGCUUCGAGGAGUCCGUGGAUUUGUGGCGCGACGACCUCGACCCGCACUCGUUCGGCUUCUUCCGCGUCCGCGUGCGCGCGCACGAGCGGUUCUGGGUUGCCUACUCGCGCUUCUUCAUCCGCGUCAACGGCGUCCGCGCGCGCGUCAUCGACGCGCGGUUCGCCGGCUUCGGCGACCGCGUGCUCCGCGAGCGGUCCUGGCGCGAGGGCGACUGGACGGCCGUCGCGGGCGCGGGCGCGCCGCCCUGCGUGGACCUCGGUGGCGCGGGCGACCGCCACUGCGCGCGCGCGUUGCCCCUCGUAAAGCGCGAGACGGACGAGCUGCGCCUGCCCGCGACGCUCCUGCGGCGCGUAUCUGUGCCGCCGGCCGCGGUCGCGUGGUCCCGCGGGCGAGGCGCGACGCUCGUGGCCGCAACGGCGCGCGUCGCGGUCCUCGUCGACGACGCGUCGAUCGCCGCCGUCGACCCAACAACGGGCGCCGACCGCUGGACGCGCUGCUGCAAAGCCGCGGCGACGGCUGUGGCCGCGAGCGACGAGUACGUGGCGGUCGGCUUCGACGACGGCCGCGUCGAGGUCUUGGCAGCGGCCGACGGCGCGCUCGCGGCGACGGUUGAACUGGGAGACGGGUCGUUGGACCGGGCCGUCCGCGGCGUCGCCUUCGCGAAGUCCGACGUCGUCGCCGCGACGACGCCGCGAUGCGUCGUGCUGUUCGCGGCGGGGACGGGCGCCGUCGUCAAACGGCUGGCGCUGGACCGGCCCGCGACGGCCCUCGCCGCGGCCGACGGCGUCGCCGUCGUCGGCGCGGCCGCCGGCAGCGACGCGCUGCUCGUCGUCGACGCCACGACCGCGAAGCUCGCGUCUCCGGCCGCGGUGUGCGCGCUCGCGCUUCGCAAAGGUCGCUACGCGGCGGGCUGUCUCGACGGGGCCGUCCGAAUAUAUGGAGGCGGCGACGUCACGACCUGGGCGGGCUUCCAGGCGCCGGUGCGCGUCGUCGCAUUUUCGGGAGGCGGCUGGUUGCUCGCGGCGGGCGGGCGCGCGCUCGCGUGCGUCGCGCCGGGCCUCGACCGCGGCGAGGCGCCGGUGCUUGGCGUCGCGCCGCGGCGGCCGCGCUGGGCGCACGCGGCCUGGCGGCCCGGCCCGCGCCCCAUCCUGGCGGCUGCGGCCGUCGACGGCCGCGUCUUCGUCUUCGACGCGGCGCGCGCCGACGACGCCGUC